AUGGCUACCCCUAGUGUCCUUGCUUUUGACGCUGAGGGUCGGGCCAUUGACUUCGACGUCUGGGUAGAUGACCUGCAGCUUUUCCUACAGUGCGAUAGAGCAGACGGUCUCUCCCUCUUUGACCUCACCUCGGGUGCCUCUCCUGCCCCUGCUGCUGAUGCUGACGCCACUGUUCGCUCAAAGUGGGCCACACGCGAUGCUGCUGCACGUCUUGCUGUGCGUCGCCACCUGCCUACCUCUGAGCGUGCGCACUUUAGCCAGUACAAGAGUUCUCAGACCUUGUACGACGCUGUAGUUGCACGCUACUCCUCCCCUACCACUGCUGCACUGAGCCGCCUCAUGCUACCGUACCUCUUCCCUGACCUUGCUGCCUUUCCUACAGUCACUGACCUCAUUACUCACCUCCGCACUAGUGACACUCGCUACCGCGCUGCGCUUCCUGCUGAGGACCACUUCCUCUCAGUUUGCCCCACCACUCUCACCAUUGACCUCCUCGAGAAGGCCCUCCUCGCAGCAGAGAAGAGCAUAGUCGCUGUAGGAGCCUCUCGUGGUGACCCUCGCACCCCCGUCUUUGAGGGGUGUUCCCCCUCCCCCCUUUUGCCCUCUUUUGCCUCUGCUGCUGCGGCCAACCUCGUUGGUUUCGAGUCUGUCGGCGCUGCGUCUGCCCCGAGCGGGAAACGCCGCACCGGCAAGGGCAAGGGGGGCAAGGGCGCUUGA